AUGCCGGCUUUGAAAAAUUCACUUUCUAUCGUGAUCGAUGUGGGACGCUUUUGGGACACACUCUUGUGUUGCAACAACAACUCAUGUGGCAGUUCAAUUGUUGGAGAAUUAGGGCAUGCAACUAACAAUGUGGCAGUUGGAAACUUUAUUAUUUUAUUAAGACAGAUGAGGAGUAUGAACAACGACAUAGAUUUUGGUAUUGAAAAAACUCUUGAGACAGUUUCCUCAACUAUACUUGGGUCGGUGGAAUUAAUCAAAUCAAAUAAAGGACAUAACUUGAAACAUUUAAAAGAUACUAAGAAUGAUCCAAACAUCCCACUAAGCACCACAGCCCCUGCCUUCACGAGGGUUGCCUGUCACUAG